AUGGAGGUUGCACAACGGGAAAUCGAUCCUUCGGAUAGUGCCAAUGGAAUUGAGCCCAAAUUACCGCCUAUUGAGCCUCCUAUUGAAUCCCUGUCAAACGACCUUGAAGAUGGAAAUGUGAAUGAGCCCACCGAAGAUGAGCUGAAUACCCUUAGGAAGGUCGCCGGCCCCUUGCCAUGGUCUGCUUUCCUGGUUGCUGUAGUUGAGCUGUGUGAAAGAUUUGCGUACUAUGGAGUCACUGGCCCUUUUCAGAACUAUGUUGAGAACCCGUACAAGCCCGGUAGUCCAACUCCAGGCGCAUUAGGACUUGGGCAAUCCGCCGCGAGUGGAUUAACAAGUUUUUUCCAGUUCUGGUGCUAUGUUACUCCGGUUUUUGGUGGCAUAGUCGCGGACCAAUAUCUGGGGAAAUAUAACACGAUGGUUAUAUCGGCCGUAAUUUACGUCGUCGGCCUUGCGAUUCUGGUUUGCACCGCCCUACCCGUAGCGAUCUUGCACAACGCAUCGCUUGGUGGGCUCGUGGUUGCAAUGAUUAUCAUUGGAAUCGGGACCGGGGGAAUCAAAGCCAAUAUUUCACCUCUAAUUGCCGAGCAAAUUAAAAUCAAGAAACCCUUUGUUAAAACGAUCAAAUCCGGUGAACGAGUUAUUGAAGACCCUGCACGGACAAUUGAGCGGGUUUAUAUGGUGUUCUAUCUAUGCAUCAAUAUUGGAUCUCUUUCCCCUAUCGCAACAACCUCAUUAGAAAAACACAUUGGCUUCUGGGUUGCCUAUUUACUGCCAGCAGGCUUAUUCCUAGUGUCCUUUGCCGUGAUCAUCAUCGGCAGGAAAUACUACGUAGUGCGCCCACCGAGAGGCUCAGUUGUUCCCCAAGCAGUUAAAGUUAUCUGGGUGGGCAUAAAAAACAAGGGAAACUUGGACGCAGCGAAGCCCUCGUAUCAAAUCGCCCACGGAAAUGGUUCUGUUGGUAUCACCUGGGAUGAUCGCUUUGUGGAGGAAAUGAAGCGAACUUUGGUCGCAUGCAAGCUUUUCGUGUACUAUCCGAUAUAUUGGGUCUGCUAUCAACAGAUGUUGAACAAUUUCAUUUCCCAAGCCGGCACUAUGGAGUUGCAUGGGAUUCCCAACGACCUCAUGCAGAAUAUCGACCCCAUCACCAUAAUUAUAUUCAUUCCCAUUUGCGAUAGGCUUCUAUACCCGUCUUUGCGGAAGAUAGGUACCUAUUCCCAUGAUACCCUAACAACAUUGGCAUUGACCUUAAUUUUCUCAGGAUUGCCCUUUAAGCCGAUUACUCGUAUCACAACGGGCUUCUUCCUAGCCUCGCUUGCUAUGGCAUACGCUGCCAUUGUUCAACAUUUGAUUUACAAAGCUCCCCCUUGCUAUGAUUUUCCCAAGGAAUGUCCCGCAAGCGAAGAUGGCACAGUGGGAAACCGUAUCCACGUUGCUGUACAAACCCCGGCCUACCUCUUUAUUGGGCUGUCAGAAAUCUUUGCCAGCAUUACCGGCCUCGAAUAUGCUUUCACCAAGGCGCCCCUUUCGAUGAAAUCGUUUGUAAUGGCAUUAUUUCUAUUAACCAAUGCGUUUGGUGCAGCACUUGGCAUGGCAUUAUCACCAACUGCAAAGAAUCCGAAACUUAUCUGGAUGUAUACCGGUUUAGCCGUCGCAUCUACCAUCGCCGGCUCCAUAUUCUGGCUACUCUACAGCAGAUAUAACGCAACUGAAGAGCAAAUGAAUGCCCUUGAAAUGCCACAAACAGAGGAUGAAAAGCCGGUUGCGGCAACUCAGAUUUCUAUGACUCGCCGUAAAGCCAACGAUUCGUAG